CGCUGCAAUCCAGAAACCGCCCUGACAAGGAAUGAACCCUCUCCAUACUGUCCUUCUGCAGUGCUUCCUUGCCGUGUUGGUCCGGACCAGACCUGUCCUGGACCGGAGCUCUGAGGCAGAGUUGAGCCAGAUGGUACAGCAGAGCAAAACUUUGGUGGAGAAGAUUCUGCGGGACUUACCUGUUGUACAUGGAGCCACAAUCCACACCGUGGGUCUGACCUUCAACUCCACCAGCCAGCCGACCAAUCUGCAGAUCAUGGCCACAUCUCUGGGCAUCCCUCCUGCACCCGUUCUCAAACAGCUGUCUGAACGCUUCACACUGGAGCAAUGUGUGAGCCGUCUGUCUGUGGGUGUCCAGCUUCACCACGACCUACUGGGAGACUUGGAGGGCAAAGUGACAGGUCUGACCGACCUCAAGGCGGAUCUACGAGACCUGCUGUCACAGAUCAACAAGAUGCAGGAACAGGGCCGGUUGGGAAGCGUGGAGCGGUACGAGACUACAGACUUGGCUUCUCGUAUUAAUGGAGACUACCAGCUGCAAGUGGCCACUCACCUGACUCUGAUCCAGUUGCGUUCCUUCUGCCACGAUAUGGUCCGCAGCUUGAGAAACCUUGCUACUACCUACAGGCCAGGCGCAUGAAGGAGGCUAUGAAAUACUUCGUGCCAAACCAGAGGCCAAGGAAAGGACAAGGAGUAAAUUAGUUAACCCCUGUGGAAACACCAAACCUCAUCUUGAGAACAAGAGGAGCUUGAUCUUCUCUUUUCUGCCCCAAAAAUAACCACACCAAGGCCUCCUCGGACUGCCUGCUUGCCUGCUCACAAGCACACAC